AUGAUGAAAAAGAAAACGGGAACCCAACCAAAACAAGGCAGGCAAACCACGCUGGAUUUCAAGUUCAUUUCUACGUCCAAGCAAUUCCAGGAGUGCAACAUGAGCUCCAGCCCCUCUCGUCAGCAAGUUCUCCAGCUGUACAGGGCUUUGCUUCAGUACGGAAGGACACUGGAAUUCACAGACCAAGAUUACUUUAUGCAGAGAAUAAGAAAAGAGUUCCAAAAAAACAAGACAUUAGUGUCUUCGGAAGAGAAACAGUUUUAUUUUGGAAAGGGAUUGAGCUUUUUAUCCAAGCAACGACUUAUAUGAGGUCUUUUCUGAUUUUGUAUAUAUGUGUAUAAUGUGUGGUUGUGUUGUGAGAACCUGUGUGUUGUAUGUUACUUUAGAAGUUACUGAAAAGUAGAAAUUGUAAUACAUCAUAUGAAUUAAAUUGUAAAGUAAAA